AAACACCCUAAUACACUUACUCUCUACUAACCACUGACUAAUUACUUUAAUAUUAUAAUGUUAUCUGAAACCUAAGUAAUCCAGUUACACACGAAUACGAGCUCGUUAUGCAUUAGAAGUAAUAGUAAGAUGAAAAAAGCAAGUUAUUCGUCCGAGAGUAGACUAGAUAGAAAAGAAAAACCUUCGAAGAAUGUGAGACAAAUUAUAUCUUCGAAAAGUUCCAAAAUCAAAGAAGCCGUUUUGGAAAAACUGAAACCAAAAUCCAGAACGCCGAGAUUGAAGAAAUCUGUCAGUUUAUCAGCCGCUGAAAAAGGAAUAAGUGAAAAAUCGAGUAAAGAAACUCAAUUUGUGUUGGCGAAGUCAGCUUCAGAGGGUCAUUUUGGAAAAACUUCGAAGGAUUUCGGUAAUAUUGACGAGGAACCUUUGACAGACCUUGCCAGUGAGGUUUUGGAACUGUCCAAGUAUAGUGAAGACUUGGAAACGGACAAAACAAUAUUUGUGAGGACUAGAUCAUUAGAAAAUAUACCAAAUAUGCCUGCUUACGGAGAAUUACUUUUGGAUGCAUCAAUUCUAGCGACAAAUGUUAACAAGCCAAAAGAUCAUCUGUACAAAAUAUUAGUUAUUGGAGACCUGGGAACUGGCAAAACUUCUAUAAUCAAAAGGUAUGUUCACAGAUUCUUCACCCAACAUUACAGAGCAACGAUAGGAGUGGAUUUUGCCUUAAAAGUACUAAACUGGGAUGAAAAUACAGUAAUACGGUUACAACUCUGGGAUAUUGCCGGUCAAGAGAGAUAUGGGAACAUGACAAGAGUAUAUUACAAAGAAGCAGUAGGAGCAUUUAUUGUUUUUGAUGUAACUCGAAGAACUACUUUUGAAUCUGUGGCCAACUGGAAAUCAGAUUUAGAUUCCAAAGUUCAGUUACCUGAUGGAUCACCCAUACCAUGUGUUCUCCUUGCUAAUAAAUGCGAUCAACAAAAAGAAGGUUUAGUUACAAAUCCAGCUAGAAUGGACGAAUACUGUAGAGAAAAUGGUUUUACAGCUUGGUUAGAAACAUCAGCCAGAGAUAAUAUUAAUAUUGAUGAUGCAGCAAAAACCCUAGUCCAAAAAAUAUUAGAAUUGGAUAAUGUAAUAAACAAAAACAAAGGUGGAGAUCAAUUUUCAUUGGCUGACGACUCGAAUCCUGAUCUAGCCGGAAACAAAUGUUCCUGUUGACAGUUCUCUUUUCUGUUAUAUUACUAUUAUUAUUAUAUUUUUUACACGCGUUUUUUUCAAUUAUUUUCUUAACCGUCUAAAAUGUUUGUUUCGUUGUAUAAGUGUAAACUUUAAUAUUAUAUUGUAGCAAAUGUUUUUGUCUGAUUUUACAUAUAAUUUUUUGAAAAUAAAUAAGAUGAAAAAUUAGCUCGUUUCAAUCUAUGUUUUUUUAUAAAUAAAUAUUACAUGAGCCAUAAAAA